CAAACUGACACAACUAAAACCGUAGACAGAGUAAAACUAAAACCCAUUAAACAAAGAACUGAACUGAGAAAUUGUUUUUUGUGUUAAAAUAAGUUUUAAAGCCAUUAAUCUAAAUAAAUAAAAUGAUAUGAGAUUAAAAAAUAAUAGAAACUUUGAAACAAUUGACCAAGAUUUGAUUGUGUAUUUUAAAUUAUUAAAGUUUGUAUUAAUUAGGUAUCAUAAUUGGAUGAAAUCGGAAGAAUUACAAAAACUCACCGCCUCACAACCUUUGUCGUUAGAACAAGAAUAUGCUAUGCAGAGAUCUUGGAGAGAGGAUGAAGACAAGUGCACUUUUAUAAUUUUGGACAAAAAUCAUUUUGAUACAAACAAUGAUGAAAUAGAAGCAAUGAUUGGUGACACAAAUAUAUUUAUAACUGACAAAGAUAAUUCUGUCGGCGAAAUAGAAAUCAUGAUUGCAGAACAAUCAGCGCGACAAAAAAAACUGGGAUGGGAAUCAGUAAUUCUAAUGCUGUUGUAUGGAGUCAAGUUUAUAAAUAUUAAAUGUUUCGAAGCAAAGAUAUCAUUUCAUAAUGAUGUUAGUAUAAAAAUGUUUAGCAAAUUAGGAUUUGUAGAGAAAUCAAGAAGUGAAGUAUUUGAAGAAAUAACUUUAGAGAAAAUUAUGAGUGAAGACUGGGAGGAAUGGCUACAGAAUGAAAUUAAAUGGGAAAUAAAGGAUUAUUAGUAUA